AUGUCCAAUGUCACUGCAAUAACUGGAUUCAUCCUUAUGGGGUUCUCUGAUAUCCAGGACUUACAGACCUUAUGUGGAGUAUUUUUCCUUGUGAUGUACUUGGCAGCCCUAAUAAGUAACCUGAUCAUCAUCACUCUUAUCACCCUUGACCUGCAGCUUCAAACACCUAUGUACUUCUUCCUGAAGAAUUUGUCUAUGUUGGAUGCCUUAUUUGUGUCUGUUCCAAUCCCAAAUUACUUUGUCAACAGCUUAACAUACAACAAUUCCAUUUCCAUUAUUGGAUGUAUCUUCCAAGUAUUUUUAACGACUUCAUUUGCAGCAGGAGAAGUAUUUAUCCUGACAGUUAUGUCCUAUGACCGCUAUGUGGCCAUUUGUAGUCCCCUGUACUAUCAAGCCAUAAUGAGUAGUGAUACUUGUGUGCUUAUGGUGGCUGUUUCCUGGACUAUUGGGGUAAUGAUUGGAGCCAUAUAUACAGCUGGCACAUUUUCUAUGCCUUUCUGUGGCUCUAAUGUGAUACCACAGAUUUUUUGUGAUAUUCCCUCAUUGCUAAGGAUGUCAUGCUCCAAAACACUUGUGGUAAUUUAUUCAAGUCUUGGAAUUGGUGUUUGUAUAGGCGUUUUCUGCUUUAUCUGUGUUGUGAUCUCUUACUCUUACAUUUUCUCCACUGUGCUUAAGAUUCCUACUACUAAAGGUCAGUCCAAAGCAUUUGCCACAUGCAUCCCCCACCUCACUGUUUUCACUCUUUUCAUUGCUACAGCUUGCUUUGUCUACGUGAAGCUACCCUCACAUGUGCCAUCAAUUACAGACAGGGUGUUUUCUGUGUUAUAUACUGUGUUACCUCCAACACUAAACCCUCUGAUCUACAGCCUGAAGAACACUGAUGUCAAGUGUGCUCUGAGAAGGUUGCAGCAAAAUCUCUGCCCAAGGGGUUCACUCCAUGUUACACCUUAA